CGCCAUAGAUUGCCAAAAGAUGUGUUUGCGUUGAUAAUUUUCAAGUUUCACAUAUCGAGUUAGAAGUAAUCCAAUUUAAUCAGUAAUUUUUUGUAUACUCGCUAAUUUGCGAUGGAGAUAGUUUCACCCGUGCUGGUCAAUCACCAACCUAAUUUAAUUUCUCAAGUUCUGUUGAUUCCUUGGAUUUUGUAAUUCUGAUUCUGAUCUGAAGUAAACACAGACAACAAGCUCUGCGUCGUUAUUUAUCUGACAGUUGGUUUCUUUACUUCUCGUGUACAUUUCACAAGUUAUUUUCAUAUUGCUAGGCAUACCAGUGUAUGUGUCUACUGAUGGAUGAUCCAGGGAACCACUAGUUCCUCUUAUUUUCCUCGAUUUGUGAAUGAUGGCCUCCGUAGACUCGGACAAGUGUUCAGAUAAAUGCAGCUCUGAGCAUUCCAUCUGCGGAGGUUGUUUGAAUACUAUUGACAAAGAUGAAUACAUUCAAGCCCUUAAUCAAGACUGGCAUACUGACUGUUUCAGGUGUUCAGCUUGUGACAUUCCCCUUUCUAAUUGGUAUUUUGAGAAAGAUGGGUUGCUGUUCUGUAAAGAUGACUAUUGGUCCAAGUAUGGAGAAGCUUGCCAGAACUGCAAUCAAAUAAUCACUGGCCCAGUGAUGGUAGCUGGAGAGCAUAAAUUCCAUCCAGAAUGUUUUCGAUGUACAAUCUGCAGCAACUUCAUUGGAGAUGGCGAGUCUUAUGCUCUGGUUGAACGAUCAAAACUCUAUUGUGGAGUGUGCUACAAGCGGCAGUUGCAACCUCUCAGUCUAACUUACUCCAACUCAACUCCAUUUUCUCGAAAACCGCAUUCAAUUAGACUCGUUGAAAUUCCACCAACUCCUGAAUCAACGAGAGGUAUCAAAUUGUCUGCUGAAAGUGCACCAAGGCAUGAAACAUCACAAUGCCAAGGACUCCGAAUAUCUGAGUUCUUGUGGAAUAUCGUGGAAAAAAUUUUAGAACUGGCUGUGAUCCUAAUAAAAGCUGCAUUUAAACUCUGCUGUGUUGUUUCUCGAUAUAGGCUGGACGUUAGCAAUGAUCUGAUUUCAUUACACAUAGGAGACCGGAUUUUAGAAGUCAAUGGCACACCUGUGAAAGAUCAAACUAUUGAAAAUGUUGAAAAUUUGAUACGAUAUUCGGAUACUGUUCUGCAGUUGACAAUUGAACAUGACCCAGACUCUGUCAGUCGAAGAAGGGCCAGGUUUCCUCUGUCGUCCCUGUCGCCAGCACCCAUAAGAGAUGUAAGCACGCGUCUGUUCAAAAAAAAUAAGGACGAAGGCUAUUUAAGCGGAUCAACCCGGAGUUCUAGGCAACUCAGGCGUGGCCGUUGUAAUGAAUCUAAAGAGAGGUCAUCCUCUACCUCUAGAUUGGAAGGGUCAUCCCCAAAUUCUAAAGAAAGCUGUGAUUUAUCGAGAACUCGAUCAUUCCGUGUAGAAACCACCGCUAAAACCCAAAGAAUAUUUCGAGCCUCGGAUUUAGUCAAAGGGAAGCUCCUUGGACAAGGAUUUUUUGGUCAAGUCUAUCAAGUAACUCACCGAGAUACAGGCGAAGUUAUGGUUCUGAAACAAUUGUACCGUGUUGAUGAAGAGGCGCAGAAAAACUUUUUGAAAGAGGUUGCAGUUCUUCGUAGUUUAAGUCAUAACAACGUACUUAGGUUUAUUGGUGUUCUGUACAAAGACAAAAAGCUUCAUCUUGUGACGGAGUUCAUUCCAGGCGGAACCCUCAAAGAUCUCAUCCACGACCUGAAUGAACCUCUGCCGUGGGAGCAGCGUAUUAAUUUUGCCAAGGACAUUGCUUCGGGCAUGACGUACUUACAUUCCAUGAAUAUUAUCCACCGAGACUUGAACUCUCACAACUGUCUUGUAAGAGAGGAUAAGACUGUCGUAGUUGCGGACUUUGGACUUGCAAGGAUAAUUUACUCUGGUAGUUCAAAUUCGCCGAACAACUCAGCGAGAACCACCAAUAUGGCCGCUCGUCGCUAUGGAAACAAAAGCAAUGUCACCCAGAGGAGCACGAUCAGGCGUUGUGAACGCAAAAAACGUUAUACUGUUGUUGGAAAUCCAUACUGGAUGGCACCAGAAAUGAUGAAAGGAAGCAAAUACGACGAAAAAGUCGACAUCUUCUCGUUUGGUAUUGUACUCUGUGAGAUUAUUGGGCGAGUCCAAGCGGAUCCAGAUUAUUUACCACGCUCGUCUGAUUUUGGUCUCAACCAAGCUGUAUUCAAAGAGAAAUUCUGCUCUAACUGUCCGGAGACAUUCUACUCGAUAGCAUUCCUUUGUUGUGAUCUAAAUCCUGAUAAAAGGCCUCCAUUCGAAGUUAUGGAAGUGUGGUUGGAAAGUUUAGCCAUGCACUUCUCGAUCAAUGCACCUCUUCCAUUUGAACUUGAAAAUGAUAUUCUCAACUAUUCAGGUCGAAGUAACAGCUCAUCUGAGUCAACUACGCCAGAAUUGCUAACUCCAGAGGUCAGGCAUUCAGCAAUCAUUCCCCCACUCCAGCCCAUCAAAGAGAAACGAGUCAGUUGUUCUUCUGAUGUUUCGGAUAUUGUCUCUGGAGCGGAAGAUUCCGUCAGCAGUAUACAGGAUUCUGUUCUGGAAAGUACAGUCGAAGCCUCCGCGCCCAUCAAGAGUUCCUCCUCAUGAUAUCUUUCUCGUUUUUUUUUUAACCUGGUUUAUUUUUUAUACUUUUACUUAAGUUUUCUGUUUAUUUUUUGGCAAACAAAAUUGGUAAGGUAGCCGAAGGUUUGCUCAUCAAUAUCAUAAUUUCUUCACUUAUCGGAAGAUAUUCUCAUUCCUGGGGUCACCGAAGCAAAUUUUGCUAUUCUAUUAUUUAAGAGUAUCAAGUGAACUGAGCUCUCAAUCAGUCUCAGUUUUUUUUUUUUUUAUUAUGGCAACUUAGAGGAAAAUUUAUCAGCAAACACAAAAAGCUGUAAUACUUCAAAACUUGGCACGGGCAAACCGUUCAAAAUUGUUAAAUUUAUUAAUCACAAUGAAGAUAAUGGUAGAAUCUAUAUUAGUUGAAUAUGCAUGGACUUGGACAUGUCAUUAAGUGGUGUAAUUUCGGAGUACGGUGGAUCCUCUUUGAUUCUUUAUUUGUGUACAAUAUGGCACCAAAUGAUGCCGUCCAAACUCAUCAACUCAAUUUUUCAUCAUACAUUUGUGUACAAAACAUUGCCUACCCUUCAUGAUGUAAAAUAAAAUGAAGUAAUUGAAGCUAGCGUAACCUGUCACACAAUGUGAAUAAUAAUGCAAACAGGUGCGAAGUGUUCGAAAAGAGAAAGAUGUUAUCGCCAUUUUGCUUUUAUGUGAAUUCUAAAUCAAUGAAUCGCAUGUUUAGACAUAAUUUUAACUUCCAUGGACAAACAAGUAUUACUUCGCUUUUUAGACUCAGUCUUGAGAGUUUAUGAUGCAUUCACCAUCUCUCUCGAAUUGAUCAUUCAGAAAAUUAUCAUUCUCAGGCCAGUUCCUCUUUGAUUAAACUCACCUGUUGUUAAAUAUGUGUAAUCUUAAUGUUUGUAGUGAAGGAAGUUGAGUGUAUGUAAUUUUCAUCAUUCCACCAUCGAACUGAUCUUAUGUAGCAGCCAUUCCAGAUUUCCUGCUGUGCAAGUUAAACGUUUUUUAUAAGGGCACAUCAGGUGUUCAGUAUCUAUGUACUAAAAUUAUUCUUGCCUCAAAAAUUCCCCUUGGAAGUAAUAAUUAUCCAAUGUUUUAUAUUUACAUUUACUUGAUUUGUUCACUUGACCCGUCCAAGGUAAUCUUGCCUGAUUUUGUACACCUCUUUUUCAUCAACUUUUUCAUUUUUGAUGUAAAUUUAUUUGUUAGGAUCGAAUCAAAAUGAUGAAAGAGUAUUGUAUGAAAAAAUUCUCAGUGAUCUGAAAGUUUUUUUAUUGCCACUUUGUCAUUUCGAUUCCAUCUCUCCUCAAAAUUUUCCUAGGAUAAUGCUCAAGCCCUUUCGCUGUUUGUUGAAAUGAACCUCGAAAACUAAGCUGCGAAUACUUUCUAUUCUCGUGAUGAAAUGUAAGUUCCAUUGAUAGCAAAAAGUUGGAGAAGAAUCUUAUGUGAUUAUGAAAACCUCUAUUAUCUUGCCAUGGUUUUUGACACAAAAGUAAGAAUGUCGCCAAGAAACUUCUCAGGCACCAAGAAUCAAGACUGUUCGUUGAACCGUCCAAACUCUUGUCUGCACUGCUCACUCGCAGAUUUUUGAUAUUUUUCAAACUGCUCAAAUCCAGAGCAAUGAUCUUUUAAUUCGUUAUAUAGGAAUUACGUACGUUGCCAUCCCAUUGGCCUAGUUUGGGGGACAAAAAGCAAUAUCUGUAAUACUCGCAUUACCCAAGCUUAAAAUUAGUUGCCUGAUCUUUUUUUGUACAGUGAUGUAUUUCAAUCUUUUCCUUCGAAACUUUUGUGUAAAUUUAAUUUAAUAUUCUAAACAUUGGUACAGUGUGUUGAAUAGAUUCGGUCCUCAAGACUUGACUUUAGUUAAAGGGAGCAAACUAUUUACAGAGGAUGUCUUCUCCAUUAAAUUCUCUUCAUUUUUUGAUGCUUCUGCGUCUUUUAAAAUACCUGUACCAUAGUAUCAGGGCGUCUAGCAACUGCACAAGUUAGGGAGAGAAAAGCGCAACCAAUGCAAAGUCCAUUGUACUUCUUUGCAUAACUUCACGAUGCUUUGAAACAGAGCCCUGCAGUGCUCUCUCCUAACAUUAGUCUCUUAAAAUUUAAGCCUCUGCUAACCCAUAUCAUUACUCUGCGCUGAGUAAUAUUUAUUUUAGAGGUUCUUUUAAUGCAGGAAACAAGAUUAGGAAGACCAUAGAAAGUCAACUAGAAGGAAAUUAAAAUUUUGCUUGACACCCUGAUGUAAAAAAAUGCAUGAAAAGUGUCGUAAUUUUAUCUUGCAGCCCUGCUUCUUUUAUCAUUCGGUUUUUACAAGUCUAAUCUCUAAAUUCUCCCAAAAAACUGAGUUACGCAAAUUGAUAAUAUAGAGUAAAAAAACGAAUACUUUAAAACCAGCCAAUUAUCAAAUUUUUUAUGAAAUAGUACCUAGAGAAUGUAGUACAAAUGAUCGCAUGAUAGUAUACCCAAGUCGUCAAGAUGUUAAGGAUUUUAAAGUAAUAUAUUUUCUAUUUGCAUACAUUUUUACCAGCGCUAAUGUUUGAAUUGUAACAAUCAGUUACAAGAGAACUCAAUUCAUAGUUCUAAUUUUUAUCAACCAGAUCAGCUGUAAUAUAUCAAUAAGUUUACUCCUUGUACUUUCUUACUUCACAGUUAAUUAGAGUUUGACAGCAUCAAUUGGAAGCAUUUCUGCCAAACGUAACUAUGUGCAUUAUGACGUGAGCCCUGAGACCCAUGAGAAUAUAGGCAUAACAGGGCUCUUGUCAUAAUGCACAUAGUUCCGUUUGAUAGAAAUACGUCCAAUUGACGGUUGUGACUUCCAUAAUAGUAAUUAAAUCAUAGGGCAAAAUAACUUUCGAUAAUAUCAGAAUCAGUCGGAAGCACCAUUAAUCUGGCAGUGGCUCUGUAGACUCACCCUGAAGCUGUCAAAUCAAUGCUUUUUGCAAGUUUAAAAACUGAAUACUGAUGAUCUGAUGGAAUCAUCAGAACAAAAAAAAGUGUAGUGAUUGCGUCAAAGCUCGAUUGAUGAAGAAAUAAGAGACCACUUUUUAUCUGAAUAGUUUGCUCUUAAAUUUUCCUGGUUGGUGCUAAGACAGUUGUCAACUUAGUGUACGGUCUUUGCAAUAUACCCUGUAUAAUUUCCAUUGUAGCUAUUAUGCGAAGACAUUAUAAUUUAGAAAAUGGUUUGAGAACGGACUUUGAAGGUUGGACCCUCACAGACAGUAGGCAAUUCAUCGGAAUAAGCAUAAGUCGAGGGAAGAAAUUUUACUCACCAAUGCCGAGUAAUUGCAUGAAAAAGACCAGAAUUUAUCUGUCUUGCUUUGUCAGACAUGAAAGAUUACAGUUAGCUCCCAUUUUAAUAUUUCUAAGAGAAUACCAAUGCCUAAUUCCUCCUGAGAUUAAGUGGAAUUCCAUGAAACCAAUUUUUAAAGUUUGUGGAAUUUCUCAGCAGUUUUACUGACAGUUGGAAAGUUUCCAGGCUUACUAAAAACGUAAAAAGAAAAAACAAAUUGCAAGUUGGUAGACAAAACUGAGACAUCAUUCUCUAGAUGGUAAUAUCUUCGCUGUCAACCUUAUUUUAGGAUUUUGUAUAAAAGGUGUACCUCCAUUUUGUAAAAAGUUUUUGACUUUUACAGAAGGUAAAUCCCUCAGAAGGAUCUUGCCCUGUUUUUUUGUUUGAUUUCUGUUUUAUUUUCCUAGUUGAUGUAGCUGAAAGCAUAAAGUAUCUACCUAUUUAUUUUUUUAAGUUAUUUUCUGUUUGAGAAAAAUUUAUUUUUUUAUUAAUCCUCUGUUUUAUUUUCUUUUUAUAUUUUAUUUAUUUUUUGAGCAUAAUUUGUUACGAUUCUAAGAUUUACCUAUUUUUUGUGAAUUUUUAAGGUGAAUAUAAGUCUAAUUAUGAUCUUAUGAUUCAAUAUUUUAAGCAAAGUUUAAGUUGUAACCAUUGAAGUUUUCAUUGAAGUAAGCUGAAAAUUAUAUUUUCAUCCCAUUGUCCAGAACUUCGAAGCCAAAGCGUAAAAUUACAUUUUUUAAAAUUAGGAACGUUUUGCUAAGUCAUAAAAGUCUACUCUUUAAAUGUUCGACCCAGCAAUAAUAAAAAUUGGCAGCCUACUGGGCUUAGUUCUGUAUAUAAAUUGAUAAUAGAUCUGAAGUACAUGUAUUUAGGAAACUAAACCUGAGGUUACAAAAUAAAAUUUGCAAGUAAGUUAACUAAAAAUUAUCGUAAGACCACUGAGGAUAAAAUUGAAUGAAGCUUGAACAAAAGAUCAAAGAGACAACCAACCAAAGUAAAAAAUUAAGCACCCUGCUGCAUGUUUCCUCAUGGAAAUGUGACGUAUAAAACAUAAUGGACACAUUGCAAAUUUUCAAAUUUGAUUCAUAAAUAAGAAAUAAAGUGUAAUUUUUCUCAGUGAAUGCAAUUCCCUGCUUGCCAAAAGAUCAGAGUCCAUUCGGCAAGAAUCGGUCACUUCGUGAAUCUUUUUGCUCCUCACAAUGAAGUAUUUUUUUUCAAGUUCUGAUGUUUAUUUAAAAAUAGGAGAGCUCUAUUUGCCAAAAGACGGAAGAAAUUCAUGUGGAACCGAAGUCUAGUCCUUCGCCGAAUCAUAAGUUUUCAGGACCUGAUUUUACCCAUAAAUGCAAACUUUAAAAGCUGAUUUCUCAUUUGUCAGUUAAUUUGAAAAUUUUCAAUGUUCUCAACGUUUUCCAUCUGUUAAUUUAUGAAGUAAUGAGCUUUUCAUGCUCUCUUCGUUUCAUUUUUUUUUUUUUUUUGCCUAGUUAGUUAUCCAUCAAAUUAAUUUAAAUCUCUUCCAACUACCGCUGACUUUGCUUUUUAAAAAUUUAGCUCAGAUCUGAUUAACUAUUUCUCUUGUAUGAAAUUUAGAAAACACAUUUGCCAAGGCAAAUCUACAGAUUGAUUUCAUCUGCUAUGCAACUGGAAACAUGUUUCACUAAAAAUCCUCUCUCCUCAAAACUUAGAAGUUCAAUAUUUAAAUGAUGAGCCUUGUCAUCAUGGGUCCAUUGAUGUUUCACUCCACUGUUAAUACUUUCUGAGCUAAUCCCUUAGAGUAUACACUAGAAUCACUGUAUACUGGAGCGCCACCAAUGUCACUUUUUGAGGCUGUUAUUAGUCGAGUACUCCUAUGACAUUUGUGCGGCGACUGGCGAUGCCACAGCACGCAGGUUCCCACCUCAGGUUACAACUCUAAUGUUCUCUAUGCUCUAUGGCUAAUUCAGACAUUCUCUUCUAGUAUUUAAAUACCACCACCUCAACUAAUUAUUGUUUAUUUUUCUGGCUAAGGAAGUAAAGAAUUAUGGUGAAAGAGCAAAUCAGUUGGAAGCUUUCACAUCUCAGCAGUCACAUGAGAUUAUUUUGAUUAUCAGGAAGAGUUAAAGUAAAGCAUUCUCUUUACAGCCAGCUUCAAAGGAGCCCUCUAUCUCAUUCUUCUCAUCAAAGAGGGGCUGGUUAUUUAUCAAGUUUGAAAAUAUGUCAAAAAUUAUAAAACCUCCUAGCUCUCCAAUUAUUUGUAUGAAUUAGAAGUAAGAGCAUUACUUAUUAUUCCGACUGUUAUUACUUUAAUACUUCUCCUCAUAUUUAGAGGAGGAAUUAGAAACUUUUUGGAUGGAUCAAUCACCAACUGGUCUCUUUUUUGGUCCCAGUCCGCCUUUUGGUCAAUUUAUCUCUGUAAACAUUCCGGUUUGUUUAUAAAUCGAAUUUUUUUCUUGUAAAUUGAAAAACAAACAAAAUAAUGAAUUGAUACUGAUGUAUUUUCCUUUAAGUGGGGAUAAUAUUCUGAUGUAUAAAUAAUUAUCAUCGUAAGCGUGCCUGUGCCGUGUAAACUCAUGGUAAUAACUCUUUAUCUUGGCAGAACUGACUCAAUAAAAUUAAUUCUUUCUUUAAACAAAA